AUGCUCGUCAAGAACGCCCUUGUGAUCGCUGCUCUGGCAGCCUCUGCCAUGGCGGAGGGCGUCGCUUCGCCUGUCGAGGCUCGCAGCAUCUCCGCGCAUAACUCCGCGAACCGCAUUAUCAAGAUCAAGCGUUCGCAGGCGACCAUCGCCGAGGAAUUCGCGAAGCGUUCUCCUGUCGCCCCCGAUGUCGCGGCGGCCGAAGCUGCACGCCUCGCGCGUCGUUCUCAAGGCGCUCGCCGCGUCGAGAAGCGCCACCACGGCGAUGCUACGCAUGCCGCGAAGCGCGCGACCCAGCCCACUCUUGAAGAGCUCAACGCACAGGAGCAAGCCCUCCUCCCUGGCGUCAACCAGCUUCUUUGGGAGACCUUCUUCAACCUCGACGCGACCGCGCUCAAUGCCGAGGGUGCCGUGCACGGCGCCGUCAGUGGCCUCGGUCAGCUCGCCAAGCGCAGCAUCGAAACGCUCACAUCGGAGCAGAAGCGUGCGCUCCCCCUCUUCCCCGGCCUCCAGAACCUCCUCAACCAGGUCUACCCUGGCUUGAACGGCGUCGUCACGCACACCGAGAACACGGUCACUGGCGCCGUCGACGGGGUCGACAAGAUUUUGACGCCCCCUUCGACCGGAACGGGAACUGGCUCGGUGGACCCAUCGCUCCUGCAGAAGGUCAACAAGGAUCUCCUCUUGCCCCUCUUCUAUCACACGAACGGCGUCGUCGUGAACGGCGAACAGGCAGUCAAUGGCGCUGUCGACGGCCUCGGCAAGGUCGUCAAGCGCGAGGAGACGGAGAAGCGCGACAACCUUCCUCUCUUCCCAGGCCUCGACAACCUCAUCUCGGAGACUACGCCCGGCGUCAACAACGCGGGUGUUGCCGGCGAAGCCGCCGUUCUCGACGCGGUCAAGGGCUUGAACGAGAUCCUUCAGAAGCGCGCCACAACGCCCGCGACGAACGCCGGCACCGCUUCCCCCGCGCCCGACAACACCGUGCAGCUCACUCUCGCCCUGCAGCAGCUUCUCCAGCGUCUCCUCGGCACCGGCACCCCCAUCAACCUUGGCGGCAUCCUUGGCGGCCAGGGCCUCAACCUGAACCUCGGCGGACUCCAGCUCUGA